UUGUUUUUGUUGUGUUUUUGCGGUUUCAGAUUUUAUUUAUUUUACCUGGUAGAUAUUUCUAAUUUUAAUUGAUUUUAAAAUAUAAAAAAUAAAGCCAGUUUUGAUUUAAAUAAGGAUAAUCCAAGCCAUCUUAGCCAUCUUCGCGUUAACGCAUCAAGCAGUUGUACCAAGUCCCAUCGAGCGAAUACGAAGUACAUAAAUAAGAAUUUCACGUGAAUGCAAAGUUUGAAACUUAAGUUUUAAUAAGUUGUGGGUCUAAAAUGGAGGACCGUCCAGAAUUAUUACUGAAGAAAUUGUGCUGCACGUGUCUAAGCCAAGAUCGUAAGCUAAUGCAGCUGUGUAGACUCAAUGAAGGAGUCAACAACUUGUAUUUGCUGCUUUCGUACGACUCUGAGGCUUACCGAGAGGGUUUCUACAAGGACACUGGCAACUGGUAUAUUUGCUGGGAGUGCUGGGCCGUGAUGACCAGGAUCUGCAGGUUCCGGAGCCAGGCCUGCGCCGCACAGAAGCAGCUGGCUGAUAUCGUUGACGGACGGACUGACCUAAAAUUCUUUAACAUCUGCCUCUCCAGACUAUCAACCGUACACAAAACAUCUUACGAUGAAACUAUUUUGACCAAUUCUGAUCAUGAACUCUUAGAAAACUUCAUUGACUGCGGCCCAGACAUCAAGACUGAAAGUGAUGAAGACAUUCCUCUAUCUGAAUUAAAUAGCACCUCUUUGCUCGAUGACAGAGAGUAUUCUGACACUGGCAGUCAAGAAAAAACAGUGCAACCUGUUUAUAAGAAAAGAAAAAAGAAACCUGACAGCUCUAAAAAGAAGUCAAACAAAAACAGUUGCAAGCUUGAUAGCGAUAAGAUAUGUUUUAUAACAACAGAAAUGAGCAUAGAAGAAAUGCUGGAGAGUAGAGAGAAAAGAAAGAUGGCGUUGUGUGCGAAUGCGCCAUACAAAUGUGAGUCGUGUAUUGAGGUGUAUAAGAGUCAAAUUGAUUUGGAUAAGCAUUUUUCAGAUUUUCAUACUGAGAAAGGCACACAUAAUCGAUGCGAUAUAUGCAUGUCAUACAUACAAACUACAGCGCUACCAGCUCAUAAGAAUGCACACUACCUCAAAUAUACCUGUGUGCUGUGCAAUAUAACAGCGUACAGUUCCUUGGAUAUGGUGGACCAUUUGAAAACUGACCAUUCUGUGAAUGAGACUGUAGUGAAGAAAAAUAAGGAUGAGAAGGCACGCGUGCUCAACCCGGCCUCGAAGCCGCGACGGAAGGCGGCCAUGACGGACAAGCGCACGCCGCUCGGAUACCAGUGCGCUGAGUGCGACAAGUACUUUGAGAACAAGAACCAAAGAUGGAAACACGUCCAGCGUAGUCAUAGAGAAGGCUACAAGUGUUCAGUGUGCAGCAAGCGAUUCGCGUUCAAAAACAAUCUCACCAGACACGAACAGAUGCACAAAGGCCCGCCGCCUAGGCAGGAGUGCCCGCAGUGCCACAAGCAAGUGCGCGUAGACCUUAUCAAGGUGCACGCCCGGAUACACACAGCCAGGCAGGGCUUUGUGUGCGUGGAGUGCGACAAAAGGUUCGCGAGUCGAGCGUCUUACGAGCAUCAUUUGAAGUACACCCAAGUGCAUGCUCCACAGUUGCUGUUAAAGUACAAAUGUGCGACGUGCGACAAGGGCUACCGGUCACGCGGCGAGUUACGUGACCACGUCAAUUAUAAGCACAUGGGCAGAACGCAGCACAAGUGUCCCAUUUGCGGGAAGGCGCUGGCAACGCGUCGCUGCGUUGGACGUCACGUGCGACGUGCGCACGAGGGCGUGCGAGAAAGCGCGCGGGACAAAGUGUGUCAACAGUGCGGGAAGACUUUCCGGGACAAAAAAGGUCUCCGAGAACACGAAUUCAUCCACACAGGCGAGCGUCCGCUAGCGUGCGAGAUAUGUGGAUGCACCUUUAGGCAGAGCGCGUCUUUAUACACGCAUCGGAAGAGAGUGCACAAAAUAUUCCCGCAAAAGAAAAACGUUGAGUUGCUUGAACCAGAGAAAUGCAGCUGAAAUAACGGUAAUGUUCAAUAACGCGUUAUAACGCACGUUAUGAAUACUCUAAGAAGAAAAACGUUGAGUUGCUUGAACCAGAGAAAUGCUGCUAAAAUAACGGUAAUGUUAAAUAACGCGUUAUAACGCACGUUAUGGAUACUCUAAGAAGAAAGUCGUAAGAGUUGCUUGAACCAGAGAAAUGCAGCUAAAAUAACGAUAAUGUUCAAUAACGCGUUAUAACGCACGUUAUGGAUACUCUAAGAAGAAAGUCGUAAGAGUUGCUUGAACCAGAGAAAUGCAGCUAAAAUAACACGUUAUAACGCACGUUAUGGAUACUCUAAGAAAAAAGAUGUAAGAGUUGCUUGAUCCAGAGAAAUGCAGCUAAAAUAACGAUAAUGUUCAAUAACGCGUUAUAACGCACGUUAUGAAUACUCUUAAGAAGAAAGACGUAAGAGUUGCUUGAACCAGAGAAAUGCAGCUAAAAUAACAGUAUUGAGAAAUAACGCGUUAUAACGCACGUUAUGGACACUCUAAGAAGAAAGACGUAAGAGUUGCUUGAACCAUAGAAAUGCAGCUGAAAUAACGGUAAUGUUUAAUAACGCGUUAUAACGCACGUUAUGGAUACUCAAAGACUGAGUUGUACCCACGAUCACAGAAACUAAAGGGAGAUGUGUCAAGGGGUCGGGGCCGGUGUCGCAGCAAUAUGCCCAAAAACAGAACACAUUGCUGCAGACGUCAUAAUGUAAACAGUUUACAUUGCUUGCGUAGUACUAAAGAUUAUUCGAACGUUGAGUACUGAUACCGCAGUGGAAAAUGAGCACAUAUAGAUGACCCAAGCUGAACUGUCCCACCAAACUCAAUGACAGGGGGGCGCUACCAUCGUUCAACUAUAUGGUUUCCAACAUGGCAAAAAUCGGAACCAGCGAUCCGGUAUUGACGGUGGCGCCCCACUGUCAAUGUCAUCGAUAGGACAGUUCACUAUUUUGGAACUAUAUUUAGAUUACUUUGUGUGUGUCAAUUUCUAAUGCGACACUAAUUUCGAACUCUGCAUUAGCAUCUCUCUAUAUCUCUAUGGUUGCACCACAUUACUUUAACCGUAACGAUAACCAUAACUGGUGUUUGAGAAAUGCAGAUAAAAUAACGGUAUUGAAAAACAUAACCCUACUUCUGGCGCAGUCGCGUAAAAAUAACGCGUUAUAACAUACGUUAUUGAUACUCAAAACUCAGACAGAAGAAAAGAAAAGCGCGGAGUUGCUUGAAGCAGACAACGAUAGUAGCAAGUAUCAAGAAGAGAAAUGCAGCUAAAAUAACUGUAAUUUUAAAGUCUUAACAGUACAGAUACUCAAGUAUCAAUAAUUUAAAAUGCGAAGAAUAAAAAUUCACCAUAAUGUAAAUGUUGAAUAUCACGAAAAAUUACUUAGAUACUACUAACGGAACAGAAAGUAUUAAAUUGAUAACUACUUUACGUAAUGAAGAAUGUUCACUAAUUUUGUUUUUUAGCUUUCUGUAUUCUCUGUUAAAAAUAAAAAAAUACACGUGAAAGAAUUAUUUCGAUACGUCAAUUAGUUUCCAAGAUAUUGAAUUUUAAAAGUGCGGGCGGCGGCCGGCCCGCCGUAAUAUGCGCGUGACGUCAUUUUACAGUGACUGGCUCAUAUUUGUAUGGGUGGAAUCUUGCAAGCUGAAUUAAGACCCACUUCCAGGCAACCGAUUAAGCUGAAAUUUCGCAAACACAUGUGAUUUGGAUGACCAUGCAAUAUUAUGAUGACAUGGAGCUGAUCUGAUGAUGGAGCUGGAAGGUGGCCAUAGCAACUCUAUAAUAAAAGGACUUAAAUGCAUCGCGUUUGGGCUCGUUCAUUUUGUAUUGAUGAGUAUUUUAAUUCUAUAUAGUAAUCAGGGUCUAAUGAUGAAGCUGGAAGGUAAUUCGCAAUAAAACGACACAAUCGCAUCAAGUUUGGGUUUGGUUCAAUUUUAAUUUCUGUGAUGGGUCUGGGUGUUAAUAUGCAUAAUAAGUUUGUAUUUACAAAAAAAAUGUAUUUAAGUAUGUUUAUAUCCGUUUUCUAGUGAGCGGACACUGUGAAUGUACGUCACGCAUAUCACGCGGGGUCACGUGACCGUCGGCGGGACUCAAUAUUUAAGCGAACUUUGAAUGCCUAUAAAAUCAUAACUACUGGGUAUUUUUGAAUGAAAUAAAAACUAAUGUAUUUGUAAAUGUAAAAGCCUAACUGUAACAUAGGUUUCAAGUGAUUUUGCAUACCUAGUAACAUUCUCAAUUGUACACAAAUAUUAUUUAAAGAAAUCUGUUAUUAUAAUUAUUACAACUUAAUAAAUAGUAAUGUAAAUGAAAUAUUACGUACAUAAUAGAUGCAAUAAAAUGUUGAGUAUUAAAUAAAACUCAUGAAAUUAG